CACAUCAACGUCGACGACGUCAACUUUAAUGCUUUAAGUCUGAACUCAACUCUCCUGCCUGUCAUAUCAACACUUACAGUCUGCGUGUCCUCAUUCCUCAUAGUUUACCGCACGUUCUCAUUUGUUAGAUAGUUAGAUCCUCGGCUUGUGUACGAUCUGGUUUUGAUGCCGCAUUUAUAACAAUGAGCUGUACUGUUCCGUCCAUCCUAAAAGUGUAAAAAGAGUGGUUCGUGAAGGUGAAUGUGUGUGGUUCUUGUGAAAAGUGCGAAUAACAAAAAAAAAGGGAAAACAUGCCGUCGUCGACGCGAAAUGUCGGAUGAUCCUCCCGGAAGGUUGUACACGAGCGAGCAGAAGAACGCACGUCAUCCGCAAAGGAAAGGAGAGACUUAGUAAGGAACAUCGCAUAAAAAGUGCGAUAAAAGAAGCAACGGGCGCGACGACCUUCGUUUUCAGUAACAUUUCUCAGGGCAAUCAAGUAGUAGGUAUUCGAAAGCCUCAGCAUAUAUAGGUAUACCUACAAAAAGAAGAGGAAUAUUGAGACAGAUUAACGAUUAAAAUGACAAGUGAAGCUUCAAUACCUUCUAUUGUAAACGCCUCUACAAUGUCCAGUAUAACAAAUUACAAAGUUGAAGACCAGGGUGAAGUUACUCCUAUUUUCCUACAGACACAAGUAGCAAAAGGUUUAGCAGGUGCCUUUGUUUGGGCAGCCCUGUUUAUCAGCUGCCAACAAAUCUAUCAACACCUGAGGUGGUACACAAAUGCCGCAGAGCAGCGAUGGAUCGUGAGGAUACUGUUCAUAGUGCCGAUUUAUGCGACGUAUUCCUGGGUAUCUCUGCUCUUCUUCAACAAUGAGAGCUACUAUGUGUACUUUUUCACGGUGCGCGAUUGUUACGAGGCCUUCGUCAUCUACAAUUUUUUGUCGCUCUGUUAUGAGUACUUGGGUGGCGAGGGUAACAUAAUGUCGGAAAUUCGAGGCAAACCCAUCAGGUCGAGUUGCCUCUAUGGGACGUACUGUCUGACCGGCAAGACGUAUACUAUUGGGUUCCUGCGAUUCUGCAAGCAAGCUACGCUGCAGUUUUGUCUGGUCAAACCUGUGAUGGCCUUUGUCAUCAUUAUUCUACAGUCUUUUGGACACUAUCGUGAUGGUGACUGGUCUCCCGACGGCGGUUACCUAUACAUAACGAUCAUUUACAAUAUUAGCGUCACUCUUGCGCUCUACGGUCUAUUUUUGUUCUACUUUGCGAUUAAGGACCUACUCACACCUUUCGACCCUGUUCUCAAGUUCUGCACAGUCAAGAGUGUCAUUUUCCUGUCGUUCUGGCAAGGCGUGCUGCUGGCCGUGCUGGAAAAGGCAAACCUCAUCUCUCCGGUGAUAAACAGCCGGGGCGAGUCGACGAGCGCUGGCACGGUCUCGGCCGGAUACCAGAACUUUCUCAUCUGCAUCGAAAUGCUGUUCGCAGCCAUCGCGCUGCGCUACGCUUUCCCCUACCAGGUUUACGCGGCCGGCUGCACUACGGAUUCUCGGGGCAGGAGCGUCACCAUGCAGAGCAUCAGCAGUAGUCUCAAGGAAACCAUAAAUCCAAAAGAUAUAAUGACUGAUGCCAUCCACAACUUCCAUCCACAGUAUCAGCAGUACACGCAGUACAGUUCCGGAGGCGGCGCCAAGAGCCAGCGAGGCAUGCGAGUCUCGAGCUACGACCCGGACGACCCGCAGAACAUGCCGGUCCCGCCGCCCCAGCGACGCAACAUUCCCGGCAACAACCAACGGGGCGUAGCGACGAUAUCCCAGAAUUACAACGAGAAGACGUUUCUCCUCAGCAGCGACGACGAGGCUUGAAGUUUUUUUUUUUCAUUUCGAUCGCUGGCGUCGUUGUGUAGAUGUUGAUAUUUAAAACUGUAAUUGCAAUGGCAAAGAUGCGCUGUUCCCGGGUGGACGAGCGAUUGCACUGGCGAAUCGUCCUUUUUUUUCAUACAUGUACACAUUGUCUGUAUGCGUCUAUGAGGUUGCAGUAGCAUUUGCCAAACGAGAAAAGGGAACUUUUUUUUUAGCCCAAACAUUUUGUUGCUGGUGUGUGGAAACGUGUGCGAUUUUCAUAACUAUUAUAUGUAUUGGGAGGAAGUACGAGUCGAUUAUGAUUUUAGGGUCUUGCAUGAAAAUACCUAUAAAUUACUCGCAACUAUGAGAUACUAUACUUGAUAAUGGACAAUUUGAGAAAAUUUUAUACAAUACUAGAAAAGAGAGAAAAAAAAAAAAGAGUGUUUAUACUGCAUGUAAAAUUUUCUUGAAUCAAUGAUACUAUAGACGAGCCAACGGGACUACUUUACGCAUAAAGCCAACAAAGAUAUAUUUUUUUACGCUCGAAUGAGAAUUAAUGUGCUUGAAAAGUUUCCACGUGCGCAAUACUCGUAAUUGAACAAUUCAUUCCGGAUAUCGAUCCGAUCAUUUGCUAGUGCAAUCGUUCAUCUGAACCUCAUGGGCAACAGUGACGAGAAAAAGGUGUCAUGGGUUUUUCCUUUAAUGAGAUUAUUUAAAAUAAAUGUUACAAACAUGAUAGUUUACGAGAAAGAGUUGAGAUCUUUUGAUUUUACAAUUUUAUUAAAUAUAUAUUUUUUUUUUUUUUUCAUUGAUUUUAUAACUGUUUGUUUUUGUUACAACUUAUCUCUGACUGUUUUAAUAUUUAGGCAGAAACGUGUUGUAAAUGUAAGAAGUGCUUUUUUUUAUUUUUAAAUCAGCGGUUAAGAAAAAAGAUGUUGAAAUACUCUUACUGUAAUAUAUAAAAA